AAUUUCGGCCUUAAGCAAAUACAUAUGUACAUAUCUACAUACCAUUGUCUUUUUUUUGUGCAAAUGUGCCGUGGGUAAAAUUUACCUGCGGUUUUGGUCUGAUUUCAAAUCUAUAGUUCGAUAGCCGGAAGGACAAAUGAAUUGAAAUUAGUUUGUUAAGUGAAAAUUAAUCCGAAAUGUUUCAAUUGAGUGAUAAAUUUGUUGAUAUAAUUAAUAUAAAUUACAUAUAAUUCGUUGAUAUACACGAAUGUGCUUUCACCGCAAUAGCUUCACAUACACGCAUGCAAUUUAUCCAAUUACGCUCGGGCACUGCUACAACUUUGAUCAUUUUCACUUGAUGAGCUCAUGUUCCAUUGUGGCAAAAAAAGAAUUAAAUAUAAAAUUAAAUUUAUAGCAAAGAAAACAUAAAAUAUGUGAAUGAAAAAAUAUGUUAUUCGGCUUAUGCUAUUUAGACUGUAACAUGAAUUAGUUUUCAUUUAAAUUCGCAAUGAAUAAAUUUUGUCUAGUAUACAAAUACGUGCACGAGUGCUAAAAAAAUUGCAACACGAAAAAAAAACAAUAUUUUGAGAAAAUAAUUGCAAAACCCCUUACAUUGGUGUGUUUUUUAAAUUGUUAGUAUCUAAAUCUGACAUAUAUUUAUAUAUUAUUUCUGUGUUUAUAAAUAUUUCUGGAAAAUUUUGGAUUUCGUAUAGCAUUCUUUUGAGAAUACGAAUAUGUGCAAACACAUGCACAUCGUAUUGUACAUAAUCACUUAUCUUUAGAGUAUAUAACUGGGAGACGCAGGCAUAAACAAACCUUGUCUACAUACGAACAAGUAUAAUCUAAGAAAUCAAUACUGGUUUAAUUUAUCGGAGAAAAUCAAUUUUCGCUUUUGGCUUUUGUAACUAUAAUGGUGGAUAAAGACGAAGACAAGAAUAUUGUAACGAACAAUAUAGCUCAAAAACAGGAACAGAAUAAGAUUGCGCAAAAAACUCAUAACUUAUCAUCAACAGCACCAACAACAACAUCUCCGUCUUUACAACACACCUCAAAUGCCGCGGCAAGUUCAGGAGCCAGCUGCAAUCAGAUUGCAACAAAUUCUACACACCUGAAUACUGCAGCAGCUACACAUCAAGCAAAAGGCCAUGAUAAUACCACAACUUUUCCGCAAUUCAUUACCGGUAGUGCUAGUGGCGCCCAUACGCAACUGGCCACAGAGUUGCCGCACGAAGACGAGGAAAGGCUAGAGAAGCUAUUCAACACGCUUGAUCGGGACGGUAAUGGACGUAUAGAUAUUCAUGAUCUCUCUGAAGCAUUACGAGAGUUUGGUCUCUCAAGUGUUUAUGCCGAGAAAUUCUUGGAACAAUCCGAUAUUAAUCAAAGUGGCGAUGUUGGCCUGGCAGAAUUCGUGUUCUAUGUGCGUGAACACGAAAAGAAUUUACGACUACAGUUUUCACAUCUGGAUAAAAACAAAGAUGGCAAAGUGGAUUUGGAAGAGUUAAUAGACGCUUUUAAAGAUUUGGGCAUUGAAGUUGACCCAGAGGAAGCCACAAAUCUACUUUCACGAAUGGAUCAAGAUGGCAGUUUAAAUAUUAGCUUUAAUGAAUGGCGCGAUUUCCUAUUAUUGGCACCAUCCACUGAUAUUCACGAUUUGAUCAAAUUCUGGCGGCAUUCUACUUACCUUGACAUUGGUGAAGAUUUAAAUGUACCUGAUGAUUUCACGCAAAGUGAAAUGCAGACCGGCAUGUGGUGGCGCCAUCUGGCGGCUGGUGGUAUUGCAGGUGCAGUGUCGCGUACAUGCACAGCUCCAUUAGAUAGGAUAAAAGUGUACUUGCAGGUUCAAACACAUAAAGCCGGAAUCUCUGAUAGUUUAAGAUAUAUGCUAAAUGAAGGAGGCCUCCGCAGCAUGUGGCGUGGCAACGGUAUAAAUGUGCUGAAAAUUGCCCCCGAAUCAGCGAUCAAAUUUGCCGCUUACGAGAAGAUCAAGCGUCUAAUACGCGGCGAUGAGAAGCGCCAGAUGACGAUUGGUGAACGUUUUAUGGCUGGUGCAGCGGCCGGUGGCAUCUCGCAGACGGUCAUCUAUCCGAUGGAAGUAUUAAAGACACGCUUGGCCUUGCGUAAGACCGGUCAGUAUAAGGGUAUAUUGGAUGCAGCGAAAAAGAUCUAUUUAAUGGAGGGUGUACGUAGCUUUUAUCGUGGUUACAUUCCGAAUAUGUUGGGCAUUAUUCCUUAUGCCGGUAUUGAUCUGGCGGUAUAUGAAACAUUGAAGAAAAAGUAUUUAAGUAGUCAUAAUACGGAACAGCCAAGCUUUCUCGUGCUGUUGGCAUGCGGCAGUGCGUCCAGUACAUUGGGACAGGUGUGCUCGUAUCCAUUGGCGUUGGUGCGCACGCGACUGCAGGCGCAAGUGAUCACCAAAAGCAAGCAACCCAGCGUGGGCAUACCCUUGCGGCAGGCGGGCGCUAUCAAUGACGACAACAUGUUCGGUGUCUUUCGCAAGAUUCUACACAACGAAGGCAUCUGUGGCCUGUACCGCGGCAUAACACCGAACUUCAUUAAAGUACUUCCAGCCGUUUCGAUCAGUUAUGUGGUGUACGAGUAUUCCAGCCGUGCUUUGGGUGUGAAUAUGACGUGAUCCCUCUACGUUAAGCGCAAUGUUAAUAAAAACAAACCAGCAACAAAUGAAUGGUCUUGUUACACAACAACAACAACAAUAAAAACGGCGCUCAGCUGCAUACUUAUAUACAUAUAUAUUUAUAUAUAAACGAAUACAUAUGUAAAUAAUAAUGCGCUAGCCCUAAACAGUACUAUUGUUGUACUUUUACUCCCAGUCUCUGCCUAUAAUUAAAUGCUACCAACAUUUGUAUAAUUCACAUUUUACUUUUUUUUUGUUUUUUGUUUUCUGUUAGUAAUAUUGUAGUGAUAAUUUAGCAAAGAUGCUCCGCGUGAUACUAAUUGCUAAUUACAUACAUAAACAAAAACAAACAAAGAAGAAAAAAAAACGAAAAACAAAACAAACGCAAACUGCGAAGUAAAGUAAAGUAACGUAAAGUAAAAAAUGAAAGUAAAAGAUAAAACGGGGUUUUGAACGGUGAAUUCGAGAAUGAGAGUCGUUGACUUAAAUAUAUAAUUUAGUUUAUAUAAAUCUACUGUAUAAUAAUAAUAAAACAGCUGCUAGCUUAUAUAUAUGUAUAUACAUAUACAUAUGUAAUGCUAAAUAUUUAUUUCUAAUCUAUUUUUUACACGCAAAAACAAAGAGAAAUUGUAAACACACACAUGCAAGUUCAAGGGGAGGAAGCAGGACGCAAGAAAUCGUAACGAAUGUUUAACUUAGAUUUUAAUUUAUUAUUUAUUUAGUUAAAUUAAAAUUGGCGCAUGUAAGUGAAAAUGUGUUUAGGUAUAUUUAUAUGUAUGCAGCAUGUAUGUUAUUGUAAAAAAAUCGUUUUUUAAAUAAACAAAACCGAAAACAGAGCGCGCAUUGGCGACACUCAGAUUUAGAUUUCCUUUUUUUCAUUUUUACUGACUGACAGUAGCGAGUGUGUUAACGGAAAGUGUGUUGGGCAUGAAAAUGAAAAUAUAUAAAUAUGGCAACCCUUUUAGCUAAACACAAUUUGACUUUUUAACUUGCUCUUUACAUUUAUAAAAAAGUAGUAACUUUAAAAAUAAAUCACAUAAUUGAUGGUAAGCCUAAAAAUUGCAAACAAAUUAUGUACAUAUAUAUACAUACAAGCCUAACAACUAAUAUAUUGCGUCAUUAAAUGACCGUACAGCUGGCAGCACUUACCAUUUGUGUUUUGAUUCAAUGUAGUGUGAAGAAAGCGAAAAUCUUAAAAAUAAUACAGAAUUUAAUAAAAUUUAACUUAUUUAGCAUUACUAUCAAAUUAAAAACAUAUAUACAUAUACAUAUAUAAUAUAAAUUUAAAAUUUAAAAAAUCUAAACUAUAUACAUGCGUAUUUUUUGAGGCUGCAAUUACGAAGCAACAUCGCAAUAAGUCUAACUUCUUAACAUAAAGAACUGAAAAGCUGUCGUUAAGUUUAAGUAAAAAUCACAAUUCAAUCAAAAAUAAUGCAAAAACAAAAAUACUAAAAAAAACUAAAGCAAAACUUACAUACAUACAUGCAAACAUACAUACAUACAUACACAAAUAGUUAUAAUAGCAAAGAAAUGACGAGAUUAUUGUAGCAUAUUUUUUAUGAUAUAAACAAAAUAACUAAAAAUAAUGUAGAUGAUUUCACAAAUCGGUAAAUUGUAUAAUGUAGUUAAAUGAUGAAUUACAAAUUAAAUGUGUCUAAACAUAUUUUUUUAUAUAUGCUAGCCUUUCGAUUAUGCCAAACUGCAUUUGUAUUUAUUGAUUUCAUACAUAUACUAUAUACAUACAUAUGUAUAUAGUGUGCAUAUACAUUACAUAAAUACAAAACAUUUCAAAAAAACAUUUGACGUGCAAAUUGUAUGCAAUAAUACUUUCAAACUAAAUGAGUAUCGAAAAUAAUAUCAUUGAGAAAUAAUAUCAUGGAAAAAGACCAUUAACGUAAUAUUAAGCAGGACUCUAUAUAUUGAUAUAAUAUAAUUCUCUCCAUUUUCUGUCUCUCUUUCUCUCUCUGGUUGACUUAUUUGUUUGUGAUUUAUGCAGGACUCAACUUACAGAUACAAAAAUAAAAGUUUAAUUGUUUAAAAAUAAA